AUGAAAUAAAUUAAAUCUUUCGAUGAAAUUUCGUUAUCUCAAUUUUCAUAAGAAUUUGGUGAAACAUCCCAUGAAAUUCAACCAAUUCUGAUACAUUUAGAUGAUCCAUUACCAUCUCAAACAGAUAGUUUAGAUUUAGUUCUACAAACUUUACCAAAAACAAAAAAGAGAGUCACCAAAAAAAAAAAAUGCGAUUUUCAUACUAAGAAAAGAAAAAAAGUGAACAAAAAAACAAAUUUAAUUUAUGAAAAACACACUCCAUUCACUCUUUAAGAAGAUGAAAAAAUUCUUAAUCUUGUUAAAGAACAUGGUCCAAGAUUUUAAAUCAUUUCUAAGUUUUUUUUGGAUAGAAGUUAAAAUGCUGUAAAAAAUCGAUAUUAUAAGUUUUUACGAUACAAUUGGAAUUUAAUAAUUGGAGAGUAAGAUUUCUUAUUAAUUUCUAGUUAAUAAUAACAUUCUAAUAAUAGUUUUGAGGAGGAUGGAGCAUAAUAUGAAAAAAGUGAAUAUUUACCUAAUUUUUUUGAUAACAUGAAUCUUUAUCCGAAAAUAACAAAUAUUAUGUUUAACUUCAUUACUUAAGUUGACAAUCAUUCAUGA